AUGAAGUUCCUGGUGCUCGCUGCGCUGGCCGCGGUGGCCGCUGCCGACCAGUCCGGUGCCUCGGUGUACCGGUACGGUACCUCGGCCGGUACCCAGUCCCGGUACACACUGGCAGCUUCCUCAGCUGGGUACGGACUCAAGUCCCGCAGGAGGCCGUUCGAGCCCACACUGAAACCGCUCAACGGAGGCUACUCGCGGCAGAACGGGAGGGCCGGCCAGAACUACGGAGCCUACAACUCCCAGGCUAACGAAGGGUCCAGCUCGCAGACUAACGGAGGCCUCUCCCAGUCCAACGGAGGCUAUUACUCCCAGACAACCGGAGACUCUGGCGCUUCUUCCAUCGGUGGCUACAGCUCCUCCGCCGGCCUCUACAGCUCCCAGUCGAGCGGAGGCGGCGGCCGGCGGCCGGCCGCUCGCUACACUCCCCGGUACGGCGGCACCCUCAGCGCGCGCGGCUCGGCGCUGGCCCGGGCGCGGCCGGAGCCGACGCCGGCGCCGCAGCCGUACUCGUUCAGCUACGACGUGCUGGACGUGUUCGGUAACGACUACGGCGCGGCCGAGGCGUCCAACGGCGAGCAGGUGCAGGGCCAGUACAGCGUGCUGCUGCCCGACGGCCGGCUGCAGACCGUCUCCUACGCCGUGGACGGAGACUCGGGCUUCGUGGCCGACGUGCAGUACGAGGGCGAGGCGCGCUUCCCGGACGCCGCCGGAGGGCAGCAGGGGCGCGGAUCCGUCACCUCCGGCUCCGGACCGGGCGCGUCCUACCGAUACGGACGGAACUAG